AUGUUCCAAAUCUCAUUACCGUCGUUGAAAUCAUUUCGGUUAUUCGGGGAGAAGCAGGUUAUUGAUAUUCCACCUGUCAAAACCCAUGAUAUCGAGAAUGCUCAGGAGAAGUCCGGCCGAGCGUUGAAGCACCUUCUCAAGCUGAACCAUGCGAACCAUGCUAUUCUGUACAAUGAUCGGAAAUUCCAUAACCAUGCACCACACCUCCUGAGUGCCGCCUUCCUCCAGGGCGCGGACGCGGACGAUUUAACACGUCUCUACGAGAACGAGUCCAAGCUGUUAGAUGCGUGGGAUGACUCGCCAGCAGAGGUCACUGCCGAAGAUUGGAGAGAUCACUUGGGGUGCCGAGAAUAUCAGAAGACAUUUGUGGAUUUCUACGAAGAUGAGUUGGUCCGGUUCAACUAUGACUGGAAAGAGGUUGUGGCCGAGUACCUCUUCUCCGGCGAUGAGCCCGUUUUCAAUGCUGUCAUUGCCGACUUGGGACAUCCGCUCAUUCAUCUCGCCUAUGCAUUUGAGAUGGGCAGUCGGGAAGUAGGAAUGGAAGCAUUGGGACUGGCAUCAGUCUGCUACAACAGCAUACACAACUACACAGACGAUCCAGUACCCUCUCAACUCGAACCUUCUUACCAGUCAACAUCGGUUUUUGAAAUCUUCGAGAAAGUCCGUUCCGAGAAGCAGCUAGAUGGGUUUUUCGUGACUCCAGGUGACCACAACCUGGAUAAGCUAUUCAGCGACCGCGAAGCUGUACUCCUGAACCACUGGAACGCAUGGAAACUCGAGAAUCCGAUUGAGCAGUUCCGUGAGAGUCAAGAGCUCGCAGUUGCACUCAUGGUUGCUUCGCAUGGGGACUUAUCGGAAAAAUACGACUUCUUCCUCGUGCACGUUCUGACGACCAGCCAUGCCGUCCGCGUGCUGCUACCCCUGAUUCCCGCGAAGUUCCAGAUCCCUCUCGUUCGUCAAUGGUGGCUCAUCACGCUGGCCAUCUUUAUGGCUCAGUUACGUCCCGAAACCCCGCUGGACCGGAUUCGAGACUUUGAUCUCAAGGGGAGAGAUUGGAAUUGGACUGCCGAGCAGGCUGUCAAGGGUGAAUACUCCACGGAUGCGCACUAUGUCAAGGCGAUCUGGGCGUUGAGGCAGACUGCUACUACCUGGGGUGAUCAGGACAACUUUUAUCUGAAGGCAGCCGUGAAAUUUGCAGAGGAAUUUAGUGCCUGGGUUGGCUUUAUCUGA